GGUCCUUUCCUGGUCUGUCGAGCUGCGGCACGCGUCAUGCUCCAAGCGAGUGUUACCGACGGUGCCAUUGUUAACGUGUCCAGCCGUGCUGCCAAUGACUGCUUGACGGGUUUCUCAGUAUACUCUGCAUGCAAGGCCGCUGUUGUGUCCUUCACGCGCUGCAUGGCCGCUGAACUUGCUAAGCGGCACAUUCGCUGCAAUGCCGUGCUGCCCGGACUGACCGAGACUCCACCUGUCCUAAGAAUGGGAGAUCAAAGGCGAAACGCACUAUGUGCGACCAUUCCUGUUGGCCGGCUUGCUUCUACCCGAGAAAUCGCCCAGGUUGUGGCGUUCCUCUGUUCUCCCGAGAGUUCGUACGUGGUGGGUGCCGCGUGGGUGGUGGCUGGAGGGAAGCAGUAG